CGAGAAUUAUGUGCUUUGUUCUUCGCCACACUCGUGGGCGGCAGGAAACCUUUGGGACUCACUGAGCUCGAUUAAAUUCGCGCCUACCGGACCGUUCUCUCUUCUUCUCAAUCAACCAUGAGCACUGAGCGGCUCGAAAAGCUCAUUAAUCAAUGCAAAAGUAACGACGUUGACCAGAAGGUUGAUGCCGUUACAAAACUGCAAGCAGAGUUCGAGUCGGGCAUCGAAAUCACCGAACCAGAGCCAGUCAUCUCUGCUCUCAAAGCAUGUCUUCGUAUCUCAAAUCAACAUCUAACGACCGCCACGCUCUCUGCGCUCCCUCCUCUCCUCCCGUUGAUAGUAUCGCGCAAUACCGUUGUCGCGAACGGAAGCGUACACCCACUAUCAGCAUCGUCCUCCACAUCGUCCACUGCCGGAGCGUCGCAUGACUUGAUGGUUCUCCGCCAGCUUAUGAACGCGUUCCUUCCCGCUCCUGGCAUUAUCGAGCGUCUCGGUGAUACUCGCGAAAAGGCUCGUGAUAAGGCGCGUGAAACGCUGGUUAUACUCGGUGGACUGGCGUUCAGGGCUGCUUCAAAGAUGAAGGAUGGCAAGGGGGGUCCCGAAACGCCAUUUGCGAUAUUCGAACGUUUCUUUAGAGACAAUGGCUUUGGAAGCAAGGUUGCCAGAGUCCGAGAACAAUCAUUACUAGCCCUCGUGCAUAUCCGCCGAACUCACCAUCUUUUUCCUCUUCGACCAUACCUUUCACUACUAGUGGACACUUUGGAAGACACGGAUGGUAAUGUUCGCGCAUGCGCGACGCCUUCCGUUAUUGAGCUCUUCACGGGACCUGGCGUGACAGACGCUGCUCGCUCAGACCUCAAGAAGGAACUGACGAAGAAGGGAGUACGCAAAGCAAUGGUCGAUAAUAUCCAGUCACAGCUUAUGCAUUCCAGUCGUUCUACUGGAGCAAGCACACCCCAGAGCGAGGGCUCCGCGGGCAGUGGAGAGCCCCUCGCAAAGAAGGAGUAUGUUCCUCCAAGCAUGAUGCUGCAACAGAAUCGCCGGCCAACGGUUGGCGCGGCAUCCGGAGCUACUCCUGGUAUGACCAGGGCAACAAGUCAAGGGAAUGCGAGAGAAAUUCCGAGGCCAGCAAGUCGAGCCGCAGUUGCCUCUCCGCCUUUGUCACAACCUUCAAGUGAAGCAGCUAGCACAAUUGAACCUGCUUUUGUUGCAUCCAGUCGCGAUCUGGAAAACGAAUUUCUAACAUUUGCAAAAUCAUUCGAGGGGAAGGAAACAGAACACAACUGGGCUGCCCGCGAACGUGCCAUUCAGCGUGUCCGUGGUAUGCUCUCCGGAAACAUCCAUAUCAGAUAUCCUGAUGUAUUCCUCCAAUGCCUAAAAGACGGAUUUAUGCAGUUCUCCCUGAAAACACUCGUCAGUUUGCGGACAACGGUUUCUGCGAACACCUGCUCCCUUUAUGCCGAGCUUGCCAUUGCGUUGGGCCUAGGGAUCGACCCGUUUUGUGAAAUGUUGUAUACGAAUUUGCUCCGAAUGGCAGGAUUUACCAAGAAAAUCGCUGCUCAACAGUCCCAGCGCUCGCUCUCGGUCAUAAUGGAGCAUGCUUCAGCACAUCCCCGGGUUCUUCUCUCCCUCCUUUGGAACACUCUGCAAGAAAAGACAGUCCAAUCUCGAUCAUUCGCAGUAUCUCACAUCACCCACUAUAUCCAGAUACACGGAACACGGGCAAAAUUGUAUAUAGAGGCGAAUGGUGGUUUGGAGAUCCUCGAGAAGUCAAUGAAGAAAGCUUUGGCUGAUCCCAAUGCUGCUGUUAGGGAAACGGCCCGCAGUGCGUUUUGGGUAUUCGACGGUGUCUGGCAUGACAGGGCAACUGUAAUUCUCGAGUCUCUUGACCUCACAGCACGCAAACAGCUGGAGAAGGUAUGCCCGGACCCUGAAGUUAUUGCCAAUUUUCCUGCAACUGCACCAACUACACCAAGUCUCAAGAAGAGCAGUGUUGCUGCCGCGAUUGCCGCCAGUCGCGCCAAGGCGAAAGCCAUUGCAACUGCGCCCCCUACCCUGAGACAUCAAGCCACGUCCUCAUCGCACGCGACGCGUGCGACAUCACCUCCAGCAAGGAGGGUUGUCUCGCCAAUAAGCCCUACGGUUAAACUCUCAAAUGGGCGCAGCUCGCCAUCGCCAGUUUCGAGGUCCUCGCUGUCCCCUCGUUCAUCUUUUUCUCCCCUGACGCCCUCAAAAUCACGCGUCCUGGGUGGUACCAUGCCUCGUUCUGUCAGUUCUAGCGCGGUACUGGCGUCUCAUUCACGCUCCUCUACCGAUUCAUCGUUGUCUUCCAGCCCCGAAGCAAACCGACGUCGAGGAUCCUCUCCCCUUGUCCCGCCCAUCUCUCCUAGCCGCUUAUCUACCACCCGUAAGACUAUGCAGCCGCCUCUUUCUAGUUCCUACCACGAAUCACCAACCCCUCGGCGUCAUGCGCCCCCUGUGCCCCCAGUUCCAGUCCCGGUUCGCCAGUCAACUACAAUGCCUGAUAUCAAUGAUGAGGAAUCGCUCUUACUGGCAACCGUUAUACCCAUACCCGACGACAGUGACUCUGAGAUGGAUGAUGACUCUGUCAAUCUCAUGUCUUUUUCGACUCCCUACAAGGUGUAUCCUCCGGCACCCAGUCAACAACGCUCGUUCUCUCCGCGCUCGGAUCGCUCAACGCCUUACACUAGUACUGAUGCAUUGUCGAACGGAAAAUCUUCAGAGCCAGCACCUGUCGAGGACGCUCUUAUAGCUCGAGCAGAGCAAGCGCAGAGUGCUGCGGAGCGGUUGCUGGAGCUGAACGACCCCGAUGGUGAGGAUAACCAACACUCCACAAUUCCUCCGUCGCUGCUACUUGGUAGCGGUUCUGCGACGCCAAAACCCAAGGCGCAAAAUGCGCCAGCGAUAAUACGAAGCCUGGCUCCUCCUGUGACUCCUGAAAACCGAACCGCAGCUAUCUUCCGCCAGGCAGCGCUAUUCAAGAAUAGUCCUGCGAACAUCAGAGCUGCAGACAACCUCGUUAAGCCAGUUCAAGACCAGGUGCAUGAGACUGGUUGGUGGUUGAAACGCACGUCCACCCUUGGUCAUGCCACACCCCUCAGAGCAACUGCAGCUGAUGACCGAGUACAAGAACUCAACGACUAUAUUACCGCAUUGGAGAGCGAUCAAACCGACAUUCGAGUUCUCCAGAAGUUGGCAUUGUUGUGCAGCAGCAAUCCCAUAUCUGAAAUGACGUCUCCCCUGAGUCCUGGACUAGGGCUUCCUUCCACUGUUUCACCUUUCCUUGGCAUUAGUCGCUCUCUUCCUCCCUUGGUCCCUGAUAUAUGGACGAAGGACAAGAGUUUUGAACGGCUAUUCAAUGCUCUGAUCAAGUUCCUUGAUCCUUCAAGGGAUGCCGAGCAACUUGAAUACGGCCUCAUAGUUCUCUGGGAAUUGCUGAGCAGCCAAGCACCAUUCGUGGAAGGUCGAGAAGCUGACAUAUUCGCGACUCUGUUUACCGUGCGGUACUGUAAUGCUAUUGAUGUUCUCGAGGCGACUAAAACAAUCCGCGAUGCCCUUGCAACACGCAUUGAACCCGUUUACGGUCUAACUACAAUGCACGGCAGCCUGCGGGCAUUUCUGGCCGAGCCUUCGUCAGAUGCAAGUGCCAAAGAUGCAUCACACGCCUUUGGACUAAUCGCCGUGGGCAAAUUCAUCAUGCGCUUGCCCGCUGAAGUACUUGAAGAGGAGCUUCCGCGCUUAAAAUCUACCUUGAUGACAGCGUUAAACGACACCACUCUUGUCAUUCGUGAAGCAGUGUACGCCACUAUAAUCGCUGCACAGCUUGUGCUCCGCGACGAGACUCAUCUCUUCACGUUGCUCGACGGUCUCGAUGACAACAAGAAGAACUUGCUCACGUACUACUUUGACAAGCACGACGCAAGGGACCUUGGCGUGAAUGGCAACGGCGUUGGAAUGAUGAAGCUGGAGGGUCAGAUGGGGAGGUUGGAUAAGCUGAUGAAUACCCCGCAGAAAGGCCGUGCAUCGGAGUGAAUGCACGGUAUUCUAUGAUAUGCUUAUGCUCAGUGAUUGAUAUGUUUCGCAAUUACCACACUCAUUGAUAUGUCUAUGGUUUCGUCGUGGCUAUUUUUGUGCUGUUUGAUUUGUAUUGCUGGCGUAUUUAUCACAUUCAUUUUCUAUUCCAC